UGUCGGGAGGUAGCGCUGGGUAGGAGGCCGCGCGCUCUGCUGGGGACACAACUUGUACAAAUCUGAAGCCCAGGGUCGUCGACAGCCCCCGGUACCUUGAAUUUCAGGAAUAUCCUCUCCCAUCCCCCUUACCCCCUCUGUCAGAGCAUGGCUCAGGAGACCAAUCAGACGCAGGUGCCAAUGCUUUGCACUAUGGGAUGCGGUUUCUAUGGUAACCCCCGCACCAACGGCAUGUGCUCGGUCUGCUACAAGGAACACCUGCAGAGACAACAGGGAGGGGGGCGAUCCAGCCCCCCGGGAGAGAAAGCUGCUACAUCACCAGCAGGAUCGCCAGGAUCAGCUGGGGUGACUGUGGAGAGCACAACCUCAGAGCCCAGUACAGAGGUGGCAGGAACCCCACCUGAGGAACAAACAACCAGUCCUAGUUCUCCCAGCCCAGUAACUCAACAGAUGACCGCUAUGAGCAUUUCCCAGGAUUCAGGAGCUGUAGACUCGGAUCGAGCGGAGGCUGAGGAGGGAGAAGAGGAGGGUACUUCCAACAGCACAGAGCCAGUGGGGGAAGCAGCACAGGCUUCAUCUGAUGGUGAACAAACCCCUGAUAAAAACAAGAAAAAGAACCGCUGCUUUUCUUGCCGGAAGAAAGUGGGCCUUACUGGUUUUGACUGUCGCUGCGGCAACCUGUUCUGUGCCAUUCACCGUUAUUCUGACAAACACGACUGUCCCUAUGAUUACCGGAGUGCAGCUGCAGCCCGCAUACGCAAGGAGAACCCCAUCGUGGUGGCUGAGAAAAUUCAGAAGUUAUGAGGACUGAGUGCAAAAAAGAAAGUCUCACUGACUUUGUGAAUUUGAACAAUGGCAACUUGGAUGAAAACACCUGAUAUCAUGGCUUCAUUUGUUCAUGGUAGUCUAAGAUGGGCGGGGUUGGGUGGUGAGGUCGCAGCCACUGUCCAGACGCUUCCCUUACUAGCAUCUCCCUCUCUCUCCACUAGUGACUGCGGCUGAACCUGAGUGUUUCUGUGUGUGUGCGUGCGUGUGUGUUUGUUUGUAUGAAAGUGUGUGUGCACAUUUGCUUGAGAGUCUGGGAGAGAGCCGUAGGGGCUUGGUGGACAUUAGUGUUGCUGUGGGGAGGGAAGGUAUUUGAUUUUACCCCUUUUUGUUUCUCAACUUGGGGGAUCGUGUGGGUUUAUUUUUAUACAAUCCCUGUGAGGUAGUUGAAAUGAGACAGGGGUAAGCUGUUAAAGAAUGUGUCGCAGCCAGGAUAACGACACAGAGGUCAAUUUAGAGGGUCUAGGAAAAAAGAAAAAAAACGAACUGCGAGAUUUCAUGUAUCAGCAAGACCUUUUAAGGGCUUUGGAUUAUAAAUUUUUCUCCCAGACUGAAAAUGAUGUCAACUUCUUGUCAAAUUGGCAUUUUUUUUCCCCCACCUCCUCCAGCUUUUAUUCUAUGGGUCACCACAUGUUGAACUCCCAAGUCUCAGCAUUUUCCAGAAAUGUUUCUCUUUGAUAUAUUGACUUAUCAUACUGAUAUUGGGUGCAUGAACAGUUAUUGGAGGGGGAAGGUAGGGGAGGGCAUGGGUAGGGGAAACUGAGAACCUUGACUUAACUGAGUGAUUGAAUUCUGUGUUUUGUUUUUAUUUUAUUUUUAUUUUUUUUCUUUCUGUUUUAAUGAGCGUAUGACAUCAGAAGAUCUAUAUUAAUAUAUUGUAGUUAGCUUGAAUUGUGUGAUUGCAUUCUAUUUAUUUUUUAUCGUUUGGUUGGUCUGUGCUGGAGGAUUGGCAGCAUGUGUCAGCAAAUCAUUAAGAUUUGCACUUAACCUUUUCAAUUAUAUUUAAGUAAUUCCAUCUUGAUUAUAUAACCAUUGAAGAAAAAAUACACAAGCUCUGACAUGAUGGAGUAGAGUCCAGUUAAGCCGUUACAAUUAAGGUUGUGCAGUAAAAUGUCCAUUCUUUUGGAUUUAGAAACAAAGCACAACAAAGUGUGUCAGCUGCGGAGCACAAGAUGAUGUGCCAUACCUACUCAGUUUUGUUCAGCAUGUGGGUCAUUUGCAGUUUAUAUUUGAUCUGUAUAGCAGGCUCGCUGAAGGAAUUGCCUUCUUGUUUGGUUGAGGCAGCGUAUUCUCCUUGAAUGCCCUUUUCUGUUCGUUGGAGUCGGAGCGAUCGCUCCGUGUUUCUCAAACCACCAGCAGACCACUGACACAUGCUGAAUGAAAACUGACCUGGGUCGCAGUUAACUCUACACAUUGACACACCUGCUCAGCUAACGUAAAGAUUGUCGCGAUGCUACAGAAUUGCGUGCUGUGCUUUUACAAUGUGCUAAGAUUCAGAUGAGUCCUUACUACGAAGACCGCUUCUAGCUAGCUUCUUCUAGGAAGAUCAAUCCUACAUGCAUGUGUGCAGACAAACAUAUAAGUUACUGUUUUGUAACUGACUGCACAGUUUGAAAUGAAGCUGGAAUGUUUAAAAAGCCACACAGCAGUAGCACAAUGCAUGGCUGGAACCUUAAGGUUCAAGCUAACAGGACUCUACAGUGUUUUUUUUUCCAAAUGUAAAUACCAUAUGGCUCCUAUUCAUAUAGUAUAAUCUUAUUGUAGAUUUUUGCCAGGUAACAAAGUUGGGGGACUAAGGUGAAGAAUAGUACUAUGUGUAUAAAAGUGCUUUUCAUAAUUAUCCAAAAAAUGAAAGUGCCACAAAUGGCACAGAUUGUUUUUUUUUUUUCCCCCAUCUUGUUUGCUCUUUUAUAUUUUAUCACCCUUGUCAUGUCCAAAGUAUGUUCAGUAACUGGCUCGACUAUGAGUAUCUCCUACAGGCCAAAUGGCUACUUUUUUUAUUAAUACAAUACUUUUCAGUUUGUUAACAAGCCCCUCUAAGCUUAAUUAACCUUGCUGAAUUACACAGUAUUCCUGUCCAUGCUUUUAUCCUGUUACUGAAGUCUAUUCAUAGCGUAGCGGUAUUACUGAAAAUUAUAAAGGCCUCUUGUGAAAUGUAGAAGGGCAAUUGAGGCUUCAUCUUUUCAUUAUCAAAAGCUUUCCUUGUAAAUGUUGCUUGAUCGUGAUCAUCAAAUAUUUAUGAAAGCUGUGGAAAAGUUGCAAGGAAUUUUCAGAGUAUGCGUUUUUUAAAGAAGCUAGUGCAGACUGGGUUGGACAUGAAUGACCCUUUUCCUUGAAUACACAAUAUCAUAUUGGACCUAGCUGUGUUUGGCUUGGGCGCCUGUGAUGGGAAAAUUGGCCUUCACCAGAAUUCACAUUAAAGUCUUAGUAAUGAUGGACAUGUCUAAAUUACUUUGUGAUUUAACAUGCCAACACGGGGACUGUUUUCUUGGGAUAAGUUGGUCAUCUAAAACCCCCAACUGUGAUUUAAUUUCUUCCUACAUCCCACCACUAGUGGGAGAUUUAAAUCCAGAAGGCGUUUAUGGGGAUUCUUGUGUGCUAAUUAUGUUCAAGGAGAAUAAUUGUCCAUAUUUAGGGGAACUUGUGGUUGGAGCAGCUCUGCAGUUAUGUGUUCCCUACAGUGUAUCUUGUAUAUUCAGACUUGCCUGCUGGGUUGACAACCAUAACACAAUAUUGUCGCCUACAGUUUCCUUUUCAGAUUGAUAGUCCUUUCAGAGAUAAAGCCCUUGACUUGGGAUGAUUGUUCAGCUAUGUAAAUCAUGUGCAUUUCAUGGUUUACAAUUGGUGUUUUCUAUUGACUGCUCAUAUCACAUCCCUUUUUUUCUAAGCAGACAUGAGCAGUUUGAAUGUAAACCACCAUCAUUCACACAAUAAGCCGUAAUGUCAUUUAUCAAACUACUCGGCCCUAAUAUUGAUUAUGUCAGAAGAUGGAGGCCCAAUUUUCUUACAUGUUGUUUGGGACAGUUGGAUAGCUGAAAUUUGCUUUGACUGUUUGUGAUGAAGGACUUGGCACCAGCAUUUAGGGCAACCAUACCUAAGUAAUCUAGAUAUUAUCAUUACAUGUAUGUUUAUCUUCCUUCUAUUCUGUUGCUUUGAUAUUUUCAUCUCUUCAAUCCCAUCUCUAGCAAAACCUUUCUUAAUCACUGUCUUCAUCAUGCAAGGGUUUUGAUUGAUAAUAAUGAUAAACCUGCCAAUUAUGAUGAGUGAGCUAACUGCAGAAGUAAAGACAAAAGAUGAUUAUUCAUUUUGUCUUUAGAGAUGAGCUUGAGGGGCAUGAAAGAAAAUCUACAAUGUUCACAGAGCUGUAGUUCUUGUCCCUUGGCACUCCAGUCCCCCAGAAACACCACCAGAUAUCUUUUUAUUUUGUUUUUCUUUAAAGAUUUAGGAUUGUAUGAUGUGUAAGAGUAAGUAUAAAACAAUAAAAUCACAAAGUUUAUUUUAAAUUA